AUGAUACCACGAGGAUUUCACAUACUGAAGUUGCCGGCUUAUUAUACCAUUUGCUGUAGAAGGUUGGCGACAGAUACAUCAUCCAUCACAACAACCCCCCUUCCUAAGCACAAACGAAGGAGAACAAUUUUCACUGAUGAACUAAAUAAGGGGCCUUCAUUUGAUGAUUUUGUUAGUGGGAAGGCAAAGGAUAUGCUAGAAGAUCCACUAGAAUUAGCUCGUAAAGAUCCUAAUGCAAAAUUACCAAGCUGGUUAAAAGUACCUAUUCCAAAGGGAAGAUCUUUCCAUAAUGUGAAGAAAGACAUUCGCGACUUGAAAUUAACUACAGUAUGCGAAGAGGCCAAAUGUCCCAAUAUCGGAGAAUGUUGGGGAGGCAAGAAAUCCGAAGCUACUGCUACAAUUAUGCUUCUUGGUGAUACAUGUACUAGAGGCUGUAGAUUUUGUUCGGUUAAAACUAAUAGGAAGCCAGCUAAACCGGAUCCCAUGGAACCAGAAAAUACAGCUGAGGCUAUAAGCAGGUGGGGAUUGGGCUAUGUUGUAUUAACAACAGUUGAUAGAGAUGACCUUAUCGAUGGCGGGGCAUAUCAUUUAAGUGAAACAGUGCAAAAGAUAAAACAAAAAGCACCUCAAAUACUAGUCGAGGUGUUGAGUGGAGAUUUCCGCGGUGAUUUGGAGAUGGUUAAGAUAUUAGCGCAAUCGGGAUUAGAUGUGUAUGCGCAUAAUUUGGAAACGGUUAGAGCCUUAACCCCUCAUAUAAGAGAUAGGAGAGCAACUUAUGAGCAAUCGCUAGCAGUCUUGCAAACAGCAAAGCAAGCCAAGCCAUCCUUGAUCACAAAGACAUCACUAAUGCUCGGAUUUGGUGAGUCUGAUGAACAAGUGAUUGACACAUUACGAGAUUUACGUGAAAUUGGCUGUGAUGUAGUUACAUUUGGCCAAUAUAUGAGACCAACAAAGAGACAUAUGAAAGUUGUCGAGUACAUCAAACCUGAGAAAUUUGAUUAUUGGAGAGAUGUAGCUUUAGAUAUGGGGUUUUUGUAUGUUGCAAGCGGUCCAUUGGUUAGAUCAUCUUAUAAGGCAGGUGAAGCAUUCAUUGAAAAUGUGUUGAAAAAGAGAAAACACAAUGUAGGCGAAUCUCCUAGAUUGUUGCAAGAAGUCAAACCAACUAUUUUCCAUAGACAAUAA